AAUGAAAAAAAGGAAUAAUGUGGAUAAAAUGAUCCUAUCCCAUUCUUAAAUUAGAUGUCUUAUUAGGAAAAUCGUGACUCAUAAAUUGUCAAAAUUUUCAAAUAGGAUAUCUUUUUUGAGAGAGGUAGGUUGUCCAUCUUCAUUAAUUGAAUUAAUUCAUUGAGGUUAUCCUUCCAAUAACUGGAUUGUGUGAGCAUACCUGUGUAUACACAACCAAAGUAUUGAAAUUGUAGAGAGCAAUUUUUCAUAGUUGAGGUAGGCUGCAAAGAGAGAACAAAUGGAUGACAGAAUUGCUUCCUUGGCCAUAGAGGAUUUGGUCCAUCAACUAGAAAAGAAUGUAGAGUUUCUUCCACAAAUGCGGGACCAAGUCCGUCCAUUCCGGGCCGAGCUCAAGAAACUGAGUAGCCUCCUCAGUAAGCUGAAGGAGAAGGAAUUGGAGGAGUUAACCACUGAAGCUUAUGAAGCAGAGGAUGCAAUCGAUGACUUUGUCCUCAAUUCUGAACAUAAAAGGAGGAGUAAGCUAGGAAGGCUUUUGUACUGUUUGGGCAAUAUGCGUAAGCUUGGUGAUGGCAAAGCAAAAUUGGAGAUUAUUAAGCAGAAGCUGAAAAAUAUCUGCAACAAAAACAACCCAUAUGAUGAUAACGCAUAUGGAAGUUUGCAUUGCCCGAGUUCGUGUAUGACCGGUGAUGAUGUUGUCGGCUUCAGCAAAGAGGAAGAGGAUUUGGUAAAGCAACUAGUGUCCGGGAACUUGGUAAAGCAACUACAAGUUUUUUCAAUUAUUGGAAUGGAAGGGUUGGGUAAGACAACAUUUGCUACCAUGAUAUUCAAUAACAAAUCCAUCCAUGAUCAUUUUCCAUGUCGUGCGUGGGUUAGUGUUCCUCAAGAAUAUAAGGAAUAUAAAACAGAAGAGUUGUUUCGGUGUAUUUUGGAUCAGGUUGGCACAGAGGAAUCCGACUACGGAAAUGAAGAAGACCUAAAAGAGGUGGUUUCGGGUUGCCUUGAGGGCAAAAGGUACCUGAUAGUUAUUGAUAACUUGUGUAGGAAAGAAGUAUGGGACGAGCUAAAACCGGCCUUCCCGGUUGACUCGAAUGGAAGUAGAAUAUUGCUCACUACUCGGUUGGAGGAAGUGGCUUCACAUGCUGGCCCAAGACGUUCCAUUUCUCUUCCUUUCCUGGAUGACAGUCAGAGGUGGGAGCUCUUAUCUAAAACGGCACUCAAAGGGGAAAGCUGUCCUCCGGAAUUGGAGACAAUAGGGAAACAAAUUGCAGCGAAAUGCGAUGGCCUACCACUUGCCAUCGUGUUGUUAGGGGGCAUCUUGCAAAGAAAGGGAAGGAGUAAAGAGAAGUGGUCGAGGCUGGCUGAUAACGUCGGUAAAUAUCUGGUUAGUCACGGUAUGCGGAGCAGUGAUGUAGCUCUAAGUUACCACAAUUUACAGGAGCACCUCAAAAUAUGCCUCCUGUAUUUCGGGACUUUUCCUGAAGACAUGGAGAUCCCUGCAAGGAAACUGAUUCAGUUGUGGAUAGCAGAGGGGUUUAUAGAGCAGAGAGGCAACAGAAAGAUGGAGGAUCUGGGAGAAGAAUACUUGGAGGGGCUCAUUGGCCAGAGUUUGGUCCAGGUGAGAACCAGGAGGACCGAUGGCAGAGUGAAAACAUGUCGUGUACUCAAUCUAGUGCGCGAGCUCUGCAUAUGUAUUGCGGAAGCCAAGAACUUUUUUCAAGUAUAUACAAACAACUCCAACCCAAACCAUAGAGAGAUGACACUAGUGCUGAGGUUAAGCAUCCUAGGUGAUUCCUUCAUGGGUACUGAAUUAGACGUGAUCCCCAAUCAUUCACAACUCCGGUCUCUCCAGUGCUAUGAUGCCCUCCAAGAUCAAAUUGAUUCUAAAAGACUCUGGAGAUCACUUUAUAAUGGUUUCAACUCUCUGAGGGUGUUAAAUUUGGGUACCAUAAAAGUGGAUAAAAUUCCCAAGGGUGUCAAGAAGCUAUUUCAUUUGAAAUACUUGAGAGUGAAUGCUCCAAACCUCACCUGCAUUCAACCCUCCAUCUGCAACCUUCUGAAAUUGCAGACGCUGGAUAUGAGAGAAUCUUGUGUGCACACCAUACCCAAUGGGAUUUGGAAGAUGAAAUCCUUGAGACAUCUGUACCUGGGUUUGUUCCCGAGUUUUCCAAGUCCUCCUGAAUCUGACAACAUCAACAAUAAGGCUCUCUCCAGCAUCCAAACUCUAUCCGGUGUACGUCCUGACAGAGUCUUGAAGCGUCUAAUGGUCAGGGCCAUGUUUCCAAACGUAACAAGGUUACGAAUAUGUAGUGCAAAUAAGCAGGCUACACUGGAGUUCCUUGAAAGUAUAGACCAUUUAUGCCAUUUGCAGUCGCUCAAGAUAGUGAACGCUUGUGAUCUUCCGGAUCCACAUGCAUUUCCUUUGACACUCACCAAGAUGACCCUAUUAGAGACACAUCUCCAACCCAAUUGUAUGCGAACGCUAGCGAAGCUUCCAAAUCUUCGGAUUCUUAAACUCUUAAAAGGUUCCAUUGAUUCUGAAACCAAGGAAUGGAUCAGUUGCAAUGAGGAUUUGUUUCCUAAACUUCAAUUCUUGAAGUUGGUGGACUUGGAGAUCGAAGAAUGGAGAAUGGGUAGGGCAGCUAUGCGGAGCCUACACAAUUUGUUCAUCAAAAGUUGUGUUCGAUUGGAGAAACUUCCGCGUCAUCUUUGGUUCAUUACUACUUUGCAAGAAGUGGAUGUGUUUCAGCCUUCAACAAGAUUGAAUGAGAGCCUUCAGCGAGUAGGGAGUGUUGCAGGUCGUAGUAUCCGAAUCCAUGAUGCUGAACUUGUGCAUUCUCUACUAAGUGGGUACACUCACCCCUGUAUUUAACAUUUUCAAGACACGAGAAGGAGAUAAUUGAUCACAUUCCUCCACAAGUUUAGAUUUGAGGAUGCCAUCUUUUGACCUCGUUUUGUAAUAAGAUUCGAGUAGGAGGAUGACCAUCCCAUGAUGGCUAUUCAUUUUGUGUUUGAUGUAAUCUCGUCGUUAAUGACACUAUUGUAGUCUCAAAACUUGUAAUUAUAUUCUUUGGAUGGCCAAGUGCAUCUUGGUUUACAUGUAAUGACUUUAAUAUGAAUUUCUACACAUUUAGUACUUUUCAAUUGUUCCAA